UAUUUAAUCCAUCUUCUUUUUUUUCUUGCUUCUCUUUCUGAACUUUUAUCCUUGUCAGUUCCUCUCGUCCCUUUUUUUAUUUAAUCAUAUUCUCAUUCUUCUGCUAUUUUAAAUUGUGUACAAGUAUUUCGUCUUUGAGACUGACGGAGACGACCAUGAGGAGGGUGAGGAGAAGGCAGGGAAGCGAUACCGUGAUCAUUAAAGAUAAUUAUAUCUCAGCAUCAAAAGCCAAAGAAGUUGGUUUUAACGACAUGAUGAACAAUUUCGGGCUAGGAAGAGGGAGGCCUAGAAGAAUCGUCAUUUCUGACAAUCGUAUUCAAACAGACGAAAGCUCGUCUGUUGGGAUUGGCAAUUUGUUCAACAACUACUGCAACUUGUCGGUCGUAGUAAUAUUUCUUCUUGUUGUAGUUGUACUUAUUCCGUUGGGAUUGUGGAUAAAAUGGGCAACAAGACCUACAACGUUGUUAACUGAAGGUGAAAUGUCUAGUUUGACAAUUUUGAUUAACUAUGAUGGGAGGUGGGUUAACUCAACACUAAAGGAGUACUCAUUUCAGAUAAAAUUACAGUGGAGGAGCUUCGGAAGAAAGUGUACAACAUUGUGAAUGUGGACCCAAAUGAGUAUGAGAUAACUAUGAAAGUUAUAUAUGAAGCAAUGAAAACUGCAUGGCCGGCAGAGAUAGCCGAUGAUGCUGACGUGAGAGCUUUUAUUUUUGAAAGUCUUUCAAGUUCCUACAAGAUUCCAUUGUGCAUUGCAUUGAAGGGUAAAGUAAGUAAUAAACAAGCUCCAUCGGUUGACGUCGGACAAGAAUCAAUGCCAGUGGACCUCAACGUGAGUACUCAAGUUGUUUUAGAAGAUAGUCAUGAUUCAGAAAAUGACUUGGGAAACAAGGAAUUUAAGGACUCUGAAUCUGAAGUGGAAAACAAUAGAACACAGCUAGAUAAGUUGCUUUGUGAGAACAUGCACUGUGAGGAUAUGGCAUAUGUAGAGGCUGAUAAUAUAUUCCAAGAUCAUGCUGAAUUCAAUGAAUUGUGUGGUGACAACAACAUGGGGUGUAAUGAUGUACCAGCCAUCAGUGUGCAGUUUGAUGAACCCAACUCUGACAAACCAAAUUCUCUUGAGCAUUCAAGAAUGAAAAUACUUCAAAAGGGGUUCUAUGAUUUUCAAGGUGAGGCAGCCAAAAUGGAUUCACAUGUGAUAGAAUGGGCUGAUAAGUUGGUGCAAGAAAACAACGCAAAAAUGUUAUCAUUGCAGGAUACGGUAGCUGAGAUUGCCAUGAAAUGGACUAAAGUUCUGAGAACUGGGGCUCUUGGGGUGAGAUUCAUGGGGGAUGAUCUAAACACAAUCAUGUUUAACAUGGAACGAGGCCAAGACACGACAGAGGUGUGGAUGGAUGACAACUGUCUGGAUCAGUUAGCGCUGAUGAUUGAGAAAGCCGUUAACUCCACUGGAACUAAUUCCCUCUAUUCUCCAGAUGAAGGAGUUUGUGUUGAACCAACCCGAGGCCUACAAAUAAAGAUUGGCGAACAAGAUUUUCAAAGACCCGGAGAUUCUCCUUUGGAAGAAGUUGUUGAGAAGCUCCAGAAUGAGAAAAGGAGAGUGGGGAAUGACAGUCCAGCAGAGAGCAAUAGGCAUUUGAAAGAGGAAUUGUAGUUAACACUUGUACGUUUUCUGACAUGCAAUAUAACGACCCCUUCUGUAACUCCAUUGCAACCUCCACUCCGCAUAUUCAAGUGGAUUUUAGGCUGCUGAUGAAGCUGACGAUAUUCGAAAUGACAAUUGUAGACAUGAUUACUUAUAGCAGUUCUGUUUUUAUUUACACAUUUUAACGGAAGCAGAGCAUAAAAACUGCUCAAGAGUACGUAGGUCAUCUAUUUACCAUUUUCUCACCUGUGGGAGAUAUCCCAGUUAUUACUAUUUGUGUAU